AUGUCUGGCCUCGGAGGUGACUUCGGUCGCCAAUUCGAGCGCGAGACAUGGACGCUUUAUGGUGUUGGCGUAUUUGGCGCUGUUCUUCGAUUUAUCGCCCGUUGCCGACGUUUGGGUAUUCGCAAUCUCCAAGUUGACGAUUACUUGAUGAUGUUUGCCGUCGUGUGGUAUACAAUUCUAAGUGUUGCGCUCACCUCGGUAGCAACGGGUGGAGGAUCAAAUUUGAUGACAGACGAUGAUAUUAAGAACCUAACUCCCCAGACGCAUGCCGAGCGAGAGCGGGGUAGUAAAUGGGUGUUUGUCUCUGAGCAUGCUUUCCUUCUAUGCAUCUGGAGUCUGAAGGCUUGCAUGCUCGUGAUCUACUCCCGUAUCACGGAGGGUCUGAAGCAGCAAAGAUGGAUCAAGUAUAUCGCUAUCUACGUUGCGGUCGGCUUUGUCGCUGUUGAGUUGUCGCUUUUCCUCAUCUGUCGCCCGAUCACCAACUACUGGGCUGUGCCCACGCCGGACUAUCAAUGUUCGUCCUAUCAAUAUUAUGAGAUCGUCCAAGGAUGUUUCUCUAUCUCAGCCGACAUUUUCAUGUUGAUUGUCGCCAUUCCGAUGCUGGUGCAGGUCCGUGUGCCACUGAAGCAAAAGCUGAUUCUGCUGAUUCUGUUCGGCAUGGGUAUCUUCGUCAUUGUGGCUGCCGUCCUCAACAAGGUCUACUGUCUUGUUCCUGCACUUAUUUCCUAUGUCUAUAUGAACUGGUACUUCCGCGAAGCUACCGUUGCGAUCCUCGUCACCAACCUGCCUCUCGUCUGGUCGCUACUCCGUGAUGUCUUCCCUGCCCUCAAGAGCUGGACUGGAGGAUCCAAGCGAGGCACCGAUCGCUACAAGUCUGGCCCCUGGACGAGCAAGAACAACUCUCGACCCUACGGACCACACAGUCAGUUGCGCUCCGGCGACUUCGACAUGAACGACAUUCAGCACACUGCGACCGUGGUCCCGCAGAAAACCGCUGCUGCGGUUUCCGAUGUGAGCCUCGGCGCAAGCGAUGAUAGGGAUUUGAGCAGCGAUGAUGGAUCUGCUCGCGCACUGCGGAUCCGGCAAGAUAUCACUGUCACUGUGCAGCAUGACUCGCGGCCAGUAGACUAUCCAUCCAACACGGUGCAUGCCACUCGAGCAUCCCGCGAGCGUGAGGAGGUCUAG